AUGACGGUUCCAACUGAAUUGGAUACUCAAUCACAACAAUCUCCAUUGAAAUCAAUGCAAUCAAAUAAAGAUAUACUCAUACAUCCGCAAAAUAAUACAUAUAAUUAUUUACAGAAUUGCACUCUUUCUCUAAAUUGGGAUAGUAAAAUAUUAAAUCAAAGUUCAUUACUUUUUGAAAAUAUUAAAAAAUCAGUAAUUGUGCUGAACAGAUUAUAUUUCGAAAAUGGGAACAUAUUCAUAAACGACUGUGAGGAUACAGUAAUUAUCGUGAACAUGGAGAAAAUAGAUAACUCGAUACAGUUACGGUUUCAUAAUUUAGUGUAUUGUAAAAUAUAUAUUCAACGCAAACAUGCCGCAUUAGAACCAACGGUUCUUCAAAAAGUAAUUAUCGAAAAUUUUAGAGGUUGCACAUUUCAUACAGACUCGAAAGAUUAUAUAAUGAUAGAGAAUUUUAGUAAUUUAGGAAUGAUCAAAUCUGGAAUUGAAUCGACUAAUAGUCAAGGGUACACUUUAAAUAGUGAUGGAAGUUCCGCUUACAAUUUCCAAAAUUUUAGUUACUUCGAUAAUGAUGUUUUGAAAUUGAAAGAAAAUUAUGUUCUCUAG